AUGGCAACUGUGCAAGGCCACUGCGACGCAGCGUUCACUCGCGUGCGCGAUAUCAUCCAACAAAACAUAGCAACCUCCGAAGAACUCGGCCUCUCCCUCUGCGUCAACAUAUCCGGCAAAAAUGUGCUUGAUCUAUGGGCCGGUCACGCUGACCUUGCGCGCUCAAAACCGUGGACCGAAAAUACAAUAGCCUGUCCCUGGUCAAUGACCAAAUGUGUAACCAACCUCGCCGCCCUAAUUCUGAUCGAUCGAGGUCUCCUCGAACCCUCAGCUCCCGUAUGUCAAUACUGGCCUGAGUUCGCAGCGAAUGGGAAAGAGAACGUGAAAGUUUGGCACGUCCUUACUCACUCGGCUGCGCUUCCGGCUUGGGAGAAGCCCGUUACUAUGGAGGAUGUCUAUGAUACCGAGACCGCGACUGAACGGCUUGCAGGGCAGGCGUUGUGGUGGGAGCCAGGCACUGCCAGUGGGUAUCAUCCUGUGACUCAAGGGCAUUUGGUCAGUGAGUUGAUUCGACGGGCUACGGGGAUGCGGGCGAGGGAAUUCAUUCAAAAGGAGAUAUCGGGGCCGCUGGGAGCUGAUUUCCAGCUGGGUGUGCCGGAGAGUGAGUGGUAUCGUGUUGCGGAGUUGAUUUCGCCUCCGUCAUUUGUGCCCCCGCCGGGUUUCGAUGCGACUAGUCUUCCGGCGCGAACAUUUUCUUCACCGACACUGAAGGCUGAGUUUGCUGCGACGGCGGAAUUUAGAAAAACCGAGUUGCCGGCGCUCAAUGGGUUUGGAAAUGCUAGGAGCUACGCUCGUAUCCUCUCGGCGAUUUCUUUGGGAGGGACGGUGGAUGGAACGAAGCUUUUGAGUCCUGAGACGGCGCAGUUGGCAACGAGGGAGCUGAUCAGUGGGAAAGACCUUUGUCUAAGGAAACGGCUACGUUUUGCACUUGGGUUCGGUCUUCCGGCGGAUCCGGCCAAGGGCUGGAUCCGUGAAGGGAGCUGCUAUUGGGGCGGCUGGGGUGGUUCGAUGGCUAUUAUGGACUUUUCAAAGCGCAUCACGAUUUGCUACGUUCAAAACCGCAUGGCCACGCCUGGUACUACUGGAGACUCCCGGAUUGAGGCAUAUGUGAAUGCGAUCUAUGAUGCUCUGAAGAGUGUUGGAAGCGAACGUGUGACAGCCUGUCUAUAA